AUGCACUCAAGCAGCAGAACGGACCAGAGAUCAUUUAGACUAAUACCCAAGUUCGACAGUUACACCCCCGUUAAUAUAAAAAGGGAGGACAUGAUAAAAGACAUACUGCACUCAAAACUCAUCAAACCCUUAAACAGGGCCGGUACAUAUCUGGACCAGCGAUAUGUUGACAAAUCCAAGUACUGCGCUUUCCAUCAGAAGUAUGGCCACACCAUAGAUGACUGCGUAAUAGCAAAAGAUGUCCUUGAGAAACUGGCCCACCAGGGACUAUUGGACAAGUACAUUGACAGCCGCAGACGAAAGCGAAACACAGAGGACCUCGGCCAGCAACCCAAAAUAAUUGAUAAUUCCCGAGAUAAAGGGAAAAAGGUAGACAAUGAUAUCAAUCCACCUUGCAGAAUAAUAAACUGCAUUUCUGGUGGUUUUGCAGGUGGAGGAUGCACAAACUCGGCAAGAAAAAGAUCAUACCGAGCUAUGAUGACUAUGACAGAGUCAACACCAUCCCAACCCAUCAACAAGGACAAACCAGAAAUUUCAUUUGUUCCUAAGGAUUAUAAGGCGGACGAUCGAAACCUAGACGACCCCGUCGUCAUCACAGCACAGGUCGGAGAGCCACUAGUAAAGAAGAUCAUGAUGGACCCAUGGAGCAGCGCGGACGUGCUGUUCUACUCGACAUUCCAAAAAAUGAAACUGAGCGACAAGAUCCUCCAACCCUCAUCCGGAGUACUGGUAGGUUUCUCAGGUGAGCGAGUAUCCAUCCGAGGUUACAUCUGGUUACAGACCACUUUUGGAGACUAUCCUAACAGCAAAACCUUAGAAAUACAAUAUCUCGUCGUGGAUUGCAAAAGUCCCUAUAAUAUCAUUCUAGGUAGACCUUCAUUAAAUGCAUUCAAUGCUAUUGUUUCUACUGUGCAUUUGUGUGUCAAGUUUCUCUCGCAGGAUAACAAAGUUGUAACUAUCCACGGAGACCAGAAGGAGGCCAGGGAGUGCUAUAAUGCCAGCCUGAAAAAUGAACAAGCAAGACAACCCGAACAAUAG